AUGGAAUUAGUAGCAAGUGUUAUGCGAGUUUGUCUACAUAUUACAGAAGAUCGUGGAACUAUUCUAUCAACAUACUUGUCUGAGCCCACUUUAACUGAGGCUGCCGCAUAUAUCAUGAACAUUGACAAUGGGUUACUUGUACCAGAUCUGCUGACUAUGUUAAUCAAUAGUAUCAAAGAAGGAGUUGCAGAGGCCAGUUAUUGUGGUGAACUGUAUCAAAAACUGGAGACAUACACCAUCACAACAUCAAGUCCAAGAAUGAAACUCUCGCCUGAAUUUGCUGGGAUUACCAAUAAGAAAUGCACAGCACAUAUUGCAGAAGAUAUUGGUAUUUUACCAGAAGUUGACCAACUGUGUAAAUUAGUUUUGUCAGAACCCACUUUAUUGAAACGCCCAGCUGACAAUGCAGAAAUUCCCUUGAAAAAAGUCAAAAUUGGCAGAACAAAACGUAAUCCAUCAGAUACAUCAGUUUCUUCUGCAAUACGUCAGACUUUCCAAGUGUCAUUAGCUGUUUAUGGUCUUGGAAAAGAGGUGUAUGCUUGUUUCAAUUUCACAGCCAUUGGGACCCAAACACAGGUUUUAAUGUCUUUGAGAAAGCUCUUGGUUGCCUGGCCUGAUGCAGCUGAGCUUGAGGAUGAUAGUAAACGUGUACAACGUAUUACGUAUUAG